UUUUGCUGAGUGGUUUUUUUGCUGCUUUGCUGGGUGGCUGUUGAAAAGUGGCACCAGGAGUUGGGAAUUCAAAACUUUUUCUAGGAUUUAAUCUUUGUCUUUCUCCUGAUAUAAUCACCUCCAGGUGAGGGGCUUAUAUCUCACAGAGAAACAUGCAACGAAAGGCUGCAGAAUCUAAGAACAGGACAGGGGAGACUAAUAAGGAAAACCGUACAUUUUCCAACCCGAAUCACAGCGAAACACUGAAGUGCAACACGAGCCAUAAAAUCCACAGGAUGCCAAAGGGCUGGAUGCCUCUUUUAUUUUGCAGAAUUUCCUGGCAGUGACGGUUGGAGCGCAGCCUCAUGGAGAACACGGCGCUGGAAAGUUUAAUUGAGAUGGGUUUCCCGCAGAACCGAGCAGAGAAGGCCCUGGCUCUGACAGGAAACCAGGGCAUCGAACAGGCGAUGGAUUGGUUGGUGGAACACGAAAAUGAUCCCAACCUCGAUGACCCCUACGUCCCCCCCCCGGGCCACGUUCUGGAUGCCGAGGAGUCCCCCAAAGGAAGGACACCGGAUGCGAUACAAAGUGGAUCAGAUAAUCUGUCUGAAGAGGAGAAGCCGCGUCCCCUGACUGAAGAAGAAAAGCAGGAACAGACAAAAAGGAUGAUGGAGCUGAUUUCUCAGAAGCAGAAGGAACGGGAGGAGCGCGAAAAGCGGGGGAGCAUCGAGCGCGAGAAACAGCGCCGGAAACAGGGCCAGGAGCUCUUGCUUAUUCGCCAGAAGCUGCAGGAGGACGAGAUGAAGAAGCUGGCGGAAGAGAGGCGGAGAGAGAAGCUGGAGGAGAAGCUGGCCAAGCAGCGGGUGCGAGAGAAGAUUGAGCGCGACAAGGCGGAGAGGGCCAAGAAGUUUGGUUGCAGUAGCGCCACCCAAGCGUCCGCCCUGCCCGAACAGAUGGUUCCCACGCUAAUCUCGUCGCCCAGCCAGGAGCCCCCCCUCAAGCGAGAAUACGAUCAGUGCAAGAUACAGGUGAGGCUGCUGGACGGGAGUUCCUUGACUCACACUUUCAAGGCCAAGGAGCAACUGGCAGCUGUGCGGCUUUACGUGGAACUGAACCGCAAAGACGGCGGCGAACAUCCUUUUCACCUUCUGACGAGUUUUCCCCGGCGCGUCUUCACCGAGGAAGAUAUGGAAAAGCCUCUGCAGGAGCUGGGGUUGGUCCCUUCAGCUGUGUUGAUAGUGGCCAAGGGGAACAGCUGAGUGACUCUCCUGCUUAGGUACGUCGGUCGUGGCUCCCCCCCCCGCACGCCGGUUGUUGGAGGCUGACCUGGCCUUUAGUCACCGGGCGCCACCGUAGAGCGCCAGCCCCCCCCUCCCCAGAGACUUUGAAGAAGCAGCAGCCACCCUUAACCCAGGGGUACCGAAACAGACAUAAGUGGGUAGAAGAGGCGGAGAGGAACCAGCAUUUGCAACUGGACACCCCCAGAUGCUGGCCCUGAAUAAACCUCUUCACUCUGG